AUGAGUAGAGCUAAUUUUGCAAUUUGGCAGGACACAGGUGUAAUGCGGCUCAGAAAUCCAUUUUUGAUGUUAAGCAAGAGCAAGAAAUUAGAUAUACAAAUGAAUACAGGCUUUUACUAUGUGCGGUCCAACAGAAAAACCAUCUCACUAUUCGAAAUAUGCCAAAUUGAUACGUCAAAGUGUGAAUCGAAUCGAGAGCUAGCGAUAAAUUGUGAUAAAAUAUGUCAUCGAGGGAUUUUACUUAGAGAUAUUGAGCUGGUUGUGACCGUUCAUGCUAAUUGUUGCCGGAGCAUAGAAGCCAAAGUGGCUGAUUUAAAGAAUGUGAUAAUGGAUUGGAAGAGAUUCAAGGAGGCUAUUGCUGCUGCUGGUGAGGAUGAAAGGAACAAUGGUAGCUUCAAAUGGUCUAGGCAUAUUUCUGGUGACAAUUCAUGGCAUGUACAUUUCUCGGCCCUUUCUCGGUUUGGAAUGCAAAUGCUAAAUAAUGUUGUUUAG